AUGGCUAACUCUCGUUUUGAAUAUGUUAGACAAUUUGAAACUCAUGAUACUUUAUUACCAGAAACCUAUAUAGUGAUUCGAAUUGAUGGUAAAAAAUUCCAUGAAUUUUCCAAAUAUUAUGAUUUUGUAAAACCAAACGAUGAAAGGGCUUUAAAAUUAAUGAAUGCUUGUGCCAAGAAUGUUGUUUUAACGUAUAGAGCUGAUAUGAUUUUAGCAUUUGGAGAAAGUGACGAAUAUUCAUUUAUCCUAAAAAGUGAUACAAACUUAUUCAAUCGGAGAUCAGAGAAACUAUCAACUUUAAUAUGUUCUCUCUAUACAUCAAAUUAUGUGGCAUUAUGGCCAAAAUUUUUCCCUGGAGUGGACUUGAAUGCCAAACAUUUACCAUACUUUGACUCAAGAUGUGUAGUGUAUCCAAAUUUGAAGACAAUUAAAGACUAUUUAAGUUGGAGGUUUGUUGAUACACAUAUAAAUAAUUUAUACAACACAGCGUUCUGGCAACUAAUACAAGUUUGUGGUCUAACUGCACAAGAGUCUGAAAAUAAACUGGCAGGAACAGUCAGUAGUGAGAAACAGGAGAUUUUAUUCACAGAUUGUAGUAUUAAUUACAAUAACGAACCAGACAUGUUUAAAAAAGGUUCCUUAAUUACAAGGAAAGGUGAAAUAUUGCAUAUAGAUGUAAUUAAGCAAAUUGAUACCCUAUUCGAAGGGUUUUAA